CAUAAAAGAUGGGCAGCAAACCUGUCUGUCGAUGACAGUGCAAUGCUCUCCAUCUUAGCACCCCUCCUGGCGGCCGUCUUUACUGUAGCUAACCCUACUGCUGAGCUGGCUUCCAAGCCGGUUCACAUUCCCAACACACACCCACUUAUCUUCUACCACGGACGCUGGGACAGCGCUCCGGAAACAUGGUGGUCAGGCUCUGGCUUCAAGCUCAAUGUCCGCAACCUCCAGUCCCUCACAGUGAAUCUUGGCCCUAACACCACUCAACCUUUUGUUGCGCUUGGUGUUUCGAUCGACCAUGCGCCGUUUUUCUCGUUGAACGCCACCAUUGGGGCCAACGUCAUUCCCAUCUCUCUCCCACACAAAACUGCGAGGGACACAACCGUAGUCAGGAUCAACGCCGAGAUGUACUUCAGCAGUCAGAUGCACCUUCAUAGCAUCGAACUCAAUCCGGGAGCACAACUGGUGCCUUAUGUGCCGUCGAAGAUAGCGUUUGAGUUUAUUGGAGACUCCUUCUCCACGGGCUACACUACUCCAGAUGGGAUCCUUAACGCUUGGGACUUCAUCGUUGGGGAGAACUUCAAGGCGGAGGAAUCCGUUGUGGCUCAACCAGGCGCCGCGCUAGUGGAUAUAUUCUCGUUUGGGAAUGCACAUGGAAUGUCAUACCAGUUCUUCAAGACCGAGGACACCUCUUACUACUACAGCUCCGUCCACAACUACACCACUCCUUGGGACUUCAGGCGGGAUGUUCCAGAGCGGACACAUAUUGUGGUCCAUAUUGGUGCCAAUGACGCAUCGCAAAAUGUUCCUCAGGACGAAUUUGUCAGCACAUACAUAGAUUUUUUGGCUCGCGUCCGGAAACUUUAUCCUCACCAGCCGUUCUUCCUGUUUACCCCUUGGGGGUGGCCACAACCCACUGGCCCUAAUGCGUUCUAUUACGAUGGUGCAUAUGAACAAGUUUUCCAGGCGCGUCAAACUUUGGGGGACCACAACAUGUUUUUGGUCAACACGACUGGAUGGGUGACAUAUGCGGAUGUGUUCCAAGACAAUCUCCAUCCUAGUGUCGAGGGCCAUGCGAAGAUCGCGAAAUUGUUCACCGCGUGGCUGCAGAAAUGGGGUCUGAAACCGUUGGCAGCAUGGCCAAAUCCUUGA